UGCACUCACGUUGCACUGAUGUGUUGAACCGCUGAUUGAGGGAAAGACCAUCUCUGGUGAAACUAGGGCAACAGAAGAACAAUAAUCGUUGUAGGCAACUAACGUCUUAAAGAAAGUUUCUGCGUACAUCCACCGGGUUCCUUGGAUAUAGGCGCACUUUCUACGACGUUGAAUUGUCAUCAGGAUAUUUUUUCAGUGGAUUUAAGAGGAAAAACGGGAGUGUAGACAACGAAGAGUUAGCUAAGUUCACCAGCAGCUGCACAUAGAUAACAUUAGAAAGCUGGCUAUAGCGAGUUAGUCCGUAUAAUUCACCACUUUUUUGGCUCUAUUUCUACUAUCAUAUAUAAGGCCCUGAGGAGACGUCGCCAGGUCGUGAGGAGCCACGCUUAAACAGACAGCAUGCAGAACGCCGGGCGUCAGUGGGGCUCUCUGCCCAGGGGACUCUGCUGAGGUGUGAGAGGGCCGGGUGGAGAGAGAGAGAGAGAGAGAGAGUGAGAGAGGAAGAGAGAGAGAAAGGAAGAGAAGAAGAGCGCGGGAGAGAAAGAGAGAGAGAGAGAGGAGUGCUGAUCUGUUCCCGGAGGGCCUGAUGGUGGCGAUGCCGGGGACUUCCAGCUCGUUUCCGGAGGGAGAGGACGACGCCCCGGCCCCGCCCGGGUCGCGGGAGGCCGACCGGACGGCGGAGCGGGACUGCGGAGGGCCGCAGGGCCCCGGGGCCGCAGAGUUAGCCUCCGGGUCCGGGUCUGGGUCGGGUUCCGGGUCCGGGUCCGGUUCGGGCGAGGACGAGGAGGAGGCGGAAGGGGACGUUGGAGGGGGCCGGCGUCGGGGCGGGGCAGGGGCGGCUGAGGGGAGCAGCGGGGAGCCCUCCCCCGGGGAGCAGGGCCAGGACGACGUGGACAUGAGCAGCAGCGGCCACGACUCCGGCAGCGGGAACGACUCCUGCGGCCGCUCGUCCUCCGCCAACCGCAGCCCCCGCAGCGCCGCCUGCUCCGGCAGCGCCAAGAGCGAGCAGCUGGGCCGGGAGCGGGCGCAGGAGCACCGGGAGGUGAUGGAGACGGUGCAGGAGAUGAAGAAGAGGCUGCCGUCGGAGAAGAGGAACCGCAGCAAGGCCAGCACGGUGGAGGCGCUCAACUACGCGCUCAACUGCGUCAAGCAGGUGCAGGCUAACAGCGAGUACUACAAGCUGCUGAUGAGCAGCGGCCUGGAGGAGAGGAAGGAAGCCGCGGUCUGCCCCCUGGAGGAGCUGGAGAGCAUUACCUCGGAACACACCCUCAAAAACACGGACACGUUCGUGGCGGUGUUCUCGCUGACCAGCGGCCGCAUCCUGUUCGCCUCCGAGCAGGCGGCCUGCAUCCUCAGCUGCAAGCGCAAGUUCCUGCAGACCGCCAAGUUCGUGGAGCUGCUCUUCCACCAGGACGUCAACGUCUUCUACUCGCACACCGCCCAGCCCCACCUGCCCCCCUGGAGCGUGGGCUCCCAAAACGCGGCCAUUUUGUUCCAGUGCGCCCAGGUGAAGUCCUUCUUCUGCCGCAUCAGGGGGGGGAAGGACCGGGACGGGGAGAUGCGCUACAACCCGUUCCGCAUCACGCCCUACCUGCUGAAGGUGCAGGGCGGGGAGGGGGCGGGGGAGGGGGAGGGGGAGGCGGAGCGACCCUGCUGUCUGGCGCUGGCCGAGCGCAUCAUCUCAGGAUACGAAGCGCCGCGGAUCCCCAUGGACAAACGCAUCUUCACCACCACGCACUCCCCCGGCUGCGUCUUCCUGGAGGUGGACGAGCGUGCUGUGCCGUUGCUAGGAUACCUCCCUCAGGACUUGAUUGGGACGUCGGUGCUGACCUGCCUGCAUCCUGAGGACCGCGCGCUCAUGCUCGCCAUGCACCGCAAAAUCCUGAAGUACGCGGGCCAGCCCCCCUUCGAGCACUCCCCCAUCCGCUUCCGCUGUCAGAAUGGGGACUACAUCACGCUGGACACCAGCUGGUCCAGCUUCAUCAACCCCUGGAGCCGCAAGGUGGCCUUCAUCAUCGGGAGACACAACGUCCGCACCGGCCCUCUCAACGAGGACGUGUUCGCAGCGCAGACCAAAGGGGAGGGGCCUGUCAUCUUCGAGGAGGUCAAAGAACUCCAGGCGCAGAUCUACAAGCUGUUUCUGCAGCCCGUCCACAACAAGGGGUCCAGCGGCUACGGCAGCCUGGGCAGCAACGGCUCCCACGAGCCCUACAUCAGCGUGGCCUCGUCCAGCGACAGCAACGGCAACCUGUGGGAGGAGUCGCACCGCCAGCCGAUGACGCUGCAGCAGAUCAGGGCUGAUGUCAGCAGGGUGAAGAGCUGGGGCCAGCAGGCCUACCUGCACUCACGCAGGAAACACCCCCCUUUCGGGAAACCCCCGCCAGGGCCGGGGGUGCCUCUUCCUCACCAGGCCCAGAAUUCGGCACUCAGGGGUCGCCACGGUCAGACCCCCGAGGAGUCGCGGAAGCAGCCGCACAUUCCGUCCUACCAGCAGAUCAACUGCGUGGACAGCAUCAUCAGGUACCUGGAGAGCUGUACGGUCCCGGCACUGAAGCGCAAGAGCAAGUCUCUGUCCAUCGCUACCUCCUCCUCCUCCUCUUCCUCAGCGUCGGAGGAAGACAAGACCCCCGCGGACCUGCGCGGGGACGCCGUGCACACAGAGGACGUGGCGCUGGUGGCCCCCGGAGCUCCGGACAGCCAGGUUUCGGCGGGGUCGGUGGCGGCCGUGGUGGGGGCUCCCCUGACGGACAUCACCCUGUCCACCAAGGCCAUGAGCGUGGUGUCCAUCACCAGCCAGUGCAGCUACAGCAGCACCAUCGUGCAUGUGCCCCAGCCCGAAUCUGAGGUGACCGCGCUGGAGGACGCGCCGAUGGGCAGCGAGCAAGCCGACCCCGCCCCUCCGCUGACGCCCCGCCCCCCCGAGGAGUUCCGCGUGGUGGGGCUGACCAAGGAGGUGCUGUCGGCGCACACGCAGAAGGAGGAGCAGGAGUACGUGGACCGCUUCCGCCACCGCAUCCUGCAGAGCCCGUACAGCUCCUACCUGCAGCAGGACGACAGCAGCCUGGCGCACUCGCACCACCACGGCGAGCACAGGCCCACGAAGCCGGCUAGCGCUCGCGGCGGCGGCGGCGGCUGGAGCAAGUCCAAAACCGGGAAGCCCAAACACAAGCGGCCCAAAGCGCGGGACUCCUCGGACAGCUACACCCCCCCCCCCCAGCCCCCGCAGCCCCCGGACUCCUCCUGGCCCCCCUCCGAGUCCUCCCAGCCGCAGCCCGCCCCCGGCGGCGCGGGCUUCGUGCCCCCCCUGGUCAUGCCCUCCUUCCAGGCCCCCUACUUCGGUGGCCUGGGGCAAGUGGGCAACUCCGCGGCCAACUCCGCCUUCAACGCAGGCAGCCAGCAGGGCGGGGCCCUCUUUGUGCUGCAGCCAGAUCAAAUCAUGCAGCCUGCGCAGAGCAUGCAGCCCAUGCCGAACAUGCAGCCCAUGCAGAGCAUGCAGCCCAUGCAGAACAUGCAGCCUAUUCAGAGCAUGCAAACCAUGCAGAACAUGCAGCCAAUUCAAAUCAUGCAACCAAUGCAGAACAUGCAGCCCAUGCAGAACAUGCAGCCUAUUCAAAACAUGCAACCAAUGCAGAACAUGCAGCCCAUGCAGAACGUGCAACCUUACACGGCGCCUGUCAUGGCCUGGGUCAUGUUGAACUACCCCGCCUAUCCCAACUACCCCCUGUACCCCCAGGGGCUGCUCCCGGCGGUGGCUCCAGCUGCCCCUCUCCUCCCCCAGCCCUUCAGCCUUCCCGGGUUCGGCCCCGCCCCCGGCUCGGCCCCCUUUCACACGGGCCACGCCCCCCAGCCCGGGACGCUGGCGUCGUCCCCUCCCGCCCCGCCCUUCAUGGCCUCCUCCAACCCCCCCUCCUCCCUGGGGGAGGACGCGGACGCCACUCAGCCCACCGCGCUCUUCUCCAGCUCCCGCUCCAGCUCCCCGCUGCAGCUCAACCUCCUGCAGGAGGAGCUGCCUCCGCAGAGCAGCACGGGCCAGGCCGAGAGCCUCCAGGAGCCGCACGCCAAAGCGGAGGACGCGGCCAGCGAUUCGGGUAACCACGACGACCAGUCCACCUCCAGCAAGCUGCUGGACCUGAUGCUGCAGGCGGACGCCCGGUCCGGGACGGGCUCCAACGCCUCGGGCAGCCGGUCCGGGGAGUCCGGGGGGUCGCUGGGCUCGGGGUCGGGGUCCGGGUCCGGGUCCGGGUCGGGCUCCAACGGCACCUCCACCAGCCACACGGGCAGCAGUAACAGCAGUAAGUACUUUGCCAGUAACGACUCUUCGGACACGUCCCGGAAGGCCAGGAAGCACGUGGAGGCCCCGGAGAGGCCCGGGUUCGACGACUGUGCGGAGGACUCGAUCUGGACCCUCAUCCAGCAGACCCCCGAGCCCGUGAUGCUGACCUACCAGAUUCACUCCAGGGACCAGGCGCAGGUGCUGCAGGAGGACCGGGAGAAGCUGCUGCUGCUGCAGCCCAGGCAGCCACGCUUCACGCAGCAGCAGAGGGAGGAGCUGGCCGAGGAGCACCCCUGGAUCCAGCAGCACGGGCUGCCGCAGGAGAUCGGCUCACAGGGCUGUGUGGACUGCUGCACGGGACCCAGCGACGCGUCGCCGCACCCCUCGCCCCGCCCACAGACUCCCGACACCUCGAGCCCAUUGGACGGUCUGCCAGAGGACUCCGGCCCCCCCGCCGACACCUGAUGUGUCACCCCAACCGCCCCGCCCCCCCUCGCCCAGAGGAACACAGGGGCUCAGACUAAAGCCCCCCCCCCCCUCAGAGUUACCCGCGGCUCUCUGUACCUAGAACAGCGCGGGGUGUGGGGAGGGGCCCGUUUCGCUUGCAGGGCGUGAGGAGGGGUCCGUUUCGCUGCGUGCCGCGCCGUUCCGUUAACACACGCGCUUCACGCGCACGUAACGCGCGGCAACGCCACUUAGCGCACGUGGACCCGGUGUUUUGUGACUGUGGCGGGGCUGGGCUGUUCCCAGCCCGUUGCAGAACAAGGCCAGUUUCUUACGGGCGUAACGAUCGAAGGUGGAUUCGGAUUCGGAUUCAGGUGGGGAGCGGCGUUCGGGACGGGGUCCGCUGUGAGCGGACACGUUACCGUCUGCGCCUGUUUAAUCCCUCGAAUGAUGGACCUCAACGACUGUGACUCUUAAAAAAACCAUCCAGCAGUGUCUGUUCAUACGUACACUCCCAUUCCUUUUCCUGUUCUUUUGAAGAUUGUAUUCAGGCACAAGGGUGUACGUGUGUGUAUGUGUCUCUGUGUGUGUGUGUGUGUGUG